CAGCCAACCAGUUGACUAGCUGGUCAUUUAUCUUUCAAGCCGUUGUAGUCAUAUUUAAACCGUUAUUUCACCCCACAUUAAAUGCAAAUUAGAAAAUAAACUGUACUGUGGACAUUAACUAAUCUCUGGUACAAUAUUCAUUCAAGCUUUAGGGGAUCAAAAGUAGAUUUUUCGGUUCCAGAGGUUCAGUCAGUGAAUAUAAAUAAUGUCAUGCAUUUGUGCACUACGUUGUAUUCUGGUCUUUAUAAAUACAAUAUUUGGGAUAAUUUCUGCAUUUAUUACAGUAAUUGGUGGUAUUUACACAUGGGGUGAAAAAUCUGUACAGAACUCAUUCAAUGCCUACUUGUUGGAUGGAAUCAGUACACUGAAUAACAAGAAAGCUUUGCCAAAGAUACUGUUGAAAGUACUCGAAGAAAUUCAACCUGCUGGAGUUUACAUUUUCACUGUUGGACUUAUUGUAUUCAUUAUUUGCCUAUUUGGAAUAAUUGGGGCAUGCUGUAAAUCAAGAUGGGUUAUCUGCAUUUACAUGAUACUUCACAUUUCACUGCUUAUCCCUGAGGCGACCAUCAUCAUUGUGUAUUACUGCCGUCCAGAUAUUGUUACAACAUUUAGUCGAGAUGUAUUCAAUUCAAGCAUUCAUCAUUAUGUUGGCUAUGAUUCAUCGGAUAUACAUAGUCGUGUGUUAAAUUAUAUUAUGACACAGUUACAGUGUUGUGGUCUUACAAAUGGAAGUGAUUUCGACAGUGUCAAGACAAUUAAGCGGAAUAUCGUUUAUAAAGGUGAACCAUAUGAUACACUGAAAUCAAUCUAUAUGGGUGUCAAGGAUGAGAAUCUGAUCUUUUCCAAAUUGUCGCAGUACCCUCUUCAUGCCACUGACCAAUAUACGUCUUGGAGUAUAAUAGAAUUUAAAUAUCCAAUCAGUUGUUGUAAAAUGAUGAAUAAAAGUCAAGAAAUCAAUGAUGACAGUUGUCCGGAUCGAUUUACACCAGAGAAUAGUAAUGUACAUGUUGGAUGUUGGCAGAUAAUAGAGGGCCAUGUUAAAACAUUCGCCAAUCUAUUCGCUUAUACAUUCAGUGGAGUACUAGGAUUUCAAAUAAUAUUAAUUUUAUUCACCUUAAUUAUUCUACGAACGAAUCGAAAGAUUAAACCAAUCUAAACAACGCAUGGUGUAUGCGCAUGUGUAAUCCAACUAACUGCUCAUCAGUUUAUUCCAUCCGCCAUAUUCCCCCUUAUCCAUCCUAUCCUACUCUCCACAACAUUAUUUCUAUAAUUCCCUUUUAAAAUAUAUAUAUAUAUAUAUAUCAGGGCAUCUGUUUGUUUACAAUAAUUGUUACUAUAACUACAAGGAUGGCUAUACUUAUGAAAUCUGUAUGCAUUUUGAAUAUUCACAUUCAAUGUUAAAUUUUUAGUUGUUUUUAUGUGUUAAAAAAUUGCGCUACAUUUGGCGCAAAUUACAAUUUUUGAUGAACAUAAAGUGAGUUAUAUUUUAUGCACAAAAAACAAAUGGUUGUUUUGGCAUUUUACACGAUAUUUU